CUGAAAGAUGGAAUUCCAAAGAAAUACCCUGCCCUAAGUGUAUUUGAGUUUAUCACUCCCUCAACCACACUUCCAACUGUGUACCGCGCUCUGGUAUCGAGUUUAUUUGAUUAUCCUUGCAGUCAAUACUACUCAACGAGCAACUUCACCAUACUUCUCUAUAGCGGUGAUGUGGAUACGAUGUGUAACUGGAUGGGUGCAGAAUGGUUCACCACCCAAUACUUCGGCAAUACCUUAAAUCUAGGCCUCCAGCAACGCCAGCCAUGGUACUAUCAGUCUGAUCCGCAGUAUGUCAGCACACUUGGGGGUUACGCAAGGAAGUACGCCAAGAAUAUCGAUGUUCUUACGGUAAAGGGUUCCGGACACUUUGUGCCCCUGGAUCGACCGGCUCAGGCGCUUCAGAUGAUCUACAACUGGAUUCAGAGGGCGAAUUACAGUACUCCUUAUGUGCAAAUGACGAGUACGACAACAUCGCCUGCAAGUACCUCCUCGUCUACCGUACCACCACAACCGACAGGAACGGGAACAACGCAAGCGCCCACAAAUGUCACCCAAACACCGGGAUCCCCAGCGCCUUCUAAUAGCACCGCAACCCCAGGAUCUGGUACAACUGCAACUGCAACUGCUACGUCCCCGAAAAAUAACCUUGGCACUUCACCGACAAGUCCUGCGCCCCCGAGCACUGCUCCUCAGAACCUUGGCACUUCACCGACAAGUCCUGCGCCGCAGAGCACCACUGGCGGAGGGUCAGUCGUCUAUUCUGUUUACACGAUAAUUUCCCUAAUCAUAUUAUGCAUUCUUCAAUACUACUCAACGAGCAACUUCACCAUACUUCUCUAUAGCGGUGAUGUGGAUACGAUGUGUAACUGGAUGGGUGCAGAAUGGUUCACCACCCAAUACUUCGGCAAUACCUUAAAUCUAGGCCUCCAGCAACGCCAGCCAUGGUACUAUCAGUCUGAUCCGCAGUAUGUCAGCACACUUGGGGGUUACGCAAGGAAGUACGCCAAGAAUAUCGAUGUUCUUACGGUAAAGGUGAGUCCUUACUGGUAA